AUGGUUUACUCUAAAUCAUCUACCCUCUCGCCUCACAAGGCUACCUCUGCCCGCUCCAGUCCCAUCGCAGUCCCAAAACGCAAGUCGAAUUAUCCACUAUGUUCACCACCUAGGGAUCAGAACUCUCCCGAGUUUGUGUUCAACUUCGACUUCUCGGUCUCGCCGGAUGUAUCAGCUAUGACUUCCCCGUUAUACCUGCAAAAUCAAGGUGUUUCCACGCGACUGUUUCCUCUGCAACAGAAAGCGGCGGCAUUCCUACCGCUUUCUGCACUCGGCGCCGGGAAUAGCAGUAAGGCUCAUCCUUACGCUAACGAGCCCUUCCUGUACUCGUUGCCCAAGGCACCCCUGCGGGACUCCCAGAACACAUACGGAGACGCAUGUGCGAACUCCUCCGCCAGUGAGGUCCCCCCGGUGCCGUACGGCACAAAAUCCAUCUUCCCCGAACCGUCGUCGUCGGAUUUCUCAGCCCCCUUCUUGCCCUCCGCGACAUCUUGUCUGUCGCCGGAUGUCAUGGAUUGCGAUGAAGAUCAGCCCCUCACAAGUGCAUUUCGUGCACCUCUGGCGUCCUCUAUCGCCGACUCGUCGAUAUCUUGGAGCGACCGCGACUCCAUGUCUCCUUCGUCUUUCUAUCGCUCCCCGUCGCCUUCGCCUCCCCGCAUGCAAAGCCCUUCUCGACGAGUUUACUCCGGUGGUCGCCCUCGACAACUGCUGCUCACCAAGUUGAAGGCGUCACAGCGUACCGUGGCUGCGGCACCUGUCGUCUCCCUCAAUGUCGCGCAAGCGGAGCGUCCGCUCUACGGCUCAUCCAGGCACUUUCCGUACCCCGCCAACCCGGAACUCCGUGGGAGACGUGGCUCCAUUGCCAGCAGCAGCCGCAGUACAGAGAAGAUGCCGGAGCGGACCCGCCGGAUGAGCACUGUCGUCGGGCGUGGCGCCGGCAGGAUCUUGCACCGGUCUGCGAGCGGCAUGUCACUGGUUAGUGAUGAAGACAUCGAGCGUUCUUUGGAGAUGGAGAAGGACGAGGCGGAGGUCUCUGUGAGCUCGCGCGGACGGAGCACUAGUCGGCGUCGGAGGGAUAGUUCGGUCGAGCACCUGGUGGAGAAGGAGCGUCGCAGGGAGCCUGAGCCGGAACGAGGGCGGGCGCGCGGUCGCGUACCCCUCCGGGGUUUGGCGGCACCGACUGAUGUCGACCGCGCACUGCCUGCAUGGCAGUAAGCGUUUGCGCUGGGUAUCAUCCCGAGGCGCACGCAGAGGAACAAAACGUAGAGGUCUUUCGAUCAUCUACACGUCAAGGUAGGCCCCCCGGCGCGGCCGCGCAACAUUCUCAACAGUAAACUCGUGUCUCCUCUUUGGACAUUGUGGACACGGACCAUCUUUCUCCGGCAUUUCCCAUCCCAGAACGUAUCUAUUAUCGGCCCACACAACAUCACAACUCAUAGACCGCUCCGCGUCGUCGUACUCCUCACCCGCAUUUGGCAUCAGUUUCAGGACAAUCAUCGCAUACCAUACAGCCCCCGUAUAUUCCCC